UUGUACUUCAUUCAAGAUGGUGCCUUAUAACUUCCCGUUCAUUGUAUUCAGCUAUAUAUGAUCCAAAUGAGAAGACCUUUGAGAAACUCCUCAUUGCCAACAGAGGAGAGAUUGCUUGCAGGGUCAUCAAAACAUGCAAGAAGAUGGGCAUUAAAACAGUUGCUGUGCACAGUGAUGUUGAUUCCAGUGCUGUGCAUGUGAAAAUGGCGGAUGAAGCUGUCUGUGUUGGCCCAGCUCCCACCAGCAAAAGCUACCUCAACAUGGAUGCCAUCAUGGAAGUCAUUAAGAAAACCAGGGCCCAAGCUGUCCACCCAGGAUAUGGAUUUCUUUCAGAAAACAAAGAAUUUGCUAGGCGUCUGGAAUUGGAUGGUAUCACCUUCAUUGGACCUGACACGCAUGCUAUUCAAGCUAUGGGAGACAAGAUUGAAAGCAAAUUGUUAGCCAAGAAUGCAAAGGUCAACACAAUCCCUGGUUUUGAUGGGGUAGUCAAGGAUGCAGAUGAAGCUGUCAGAAUUGCAAGGGAAAUUGGCUACCCUGUCAUGAUCAAGGCCUCAGCAGGUGGUGGCGGGAAAGGCAUGAGAAUCGCUUGGGAUGAUGAAGAGACCAGGGAAGGUUUUAGGUUUUCUUCUCAAGAAGCAGCUUCAAGUUUUGGUGAUGAUCGACUGUUGAUAGAAAAGUUCAUUGAUAACCCUCGCCACAUAGAAAUCCAGGUUUUGGGAGAUAAGCAUGGCAAUGCGUUGUGGCUGAAUGAGAGAGAGUGUUCCAUUCAAAGAAGAAAUCAAAAAGUUGUGGAAGAGGCACCAAGCACUUUUCUGGAUCCUGAAACUCGAAGAGCAAUGGGAGAACAAGCAGUAGCUCUUGCCAAAGCAGUAAAAUAUUCCUCUGCUGGAACAGUAGAAUUCCUUGUGGAUUCCAAGAAGAAUUUUUACUUCUUGGAAAUGAACACUAGACUUCAGGUUGAACAUCCCGUAACAGAAUGCAUUACCGGGCUGGACCUAGUCCAAGAAAUGAUCCGUGUUGCUAAGGGUUACCCUCUCAGGCACAAACAAGCUGAUAUUCCCAUCAAUGGCUGGGCAGUUGAAUGUCGAGUUUAUGCUGAGGAUCCCUAUAAAUCUUUUGGCCUGCCAUCUAUUGGUAAACUGUCGCAGUACCAAGAACCAUUGCAUGUGCCCAAUGUACGUGUUGACAGCGGCAUACAGCAAGGAAGUGAUAUUAGCAUUUAUUAUGAUCCCAUGAUCUCAAAACUAGUUACUUAUGGCUCUAAUAGAGCUGAAGCAUUGCAAAGAAUGGAAGAGGCUCUGGACAAUUACGUAAUUCGAGGUGUGACUCAUAAUAUUGCUUUGCUGCGAGAAGUGAUAAUCCAUCCAUGCUUUGUUCAGGGCGAUAUCAGCACUAAAUUUCUUCCAGAAGUCUAUCCUGAUGGCUUUAAAGGACACAAAUUGACAGAUCUUGAAAAAAGGGAGCUACUAGCAACAGCAGCAUCUUUGUAUGUGGCUGAACAACGGAGAUCACAGCAAUUUCUAGGGACUCCAAGAAUUUCUAUUGAUAAAUCAAAUGUGAGUAGCUGGGAGCUGUUUGUACAUCUGGGAGAUGCAACUCACUCUGCUACAGUUUCAAAGACUGGUUCAACCUUCUCUGUGGAAGUUGAUGGGACGAAACUAAACGUGACCAGUGAAUGGAACCUGGCUUCACCCUUAUUGCCUGUCACUAUUGAUGGCACUCCGAGGACUAUGCAGUGCCUUUCUCGAGAUGCAGCAGGAAACAUAAGCAUUCAGUUUCUAGGCACAGUGUACAAGUUAAGAAUACUGACCCAGCUUGCUGCAGAGUUGAGUAAGUACAUGCCAGAGAAAGCAGAGGAGGACACGACUAGCAUUUUGAGAUCACCGAUGCCUGGAGCAGUGGUGGCUGUUUCUGUCAAGCCCGGUGACAUGGUCUCAGAAGGUCAAGAGAUUUGUGUGAUCGAAGCUAUGAAAAUGCAGAACAGUCUGGUUGCUGCUAAAACUGGCAAGGUGAAAAUUGUGCACUGUAAGGCUGGUGAGACAGUUGGAGAAGGAGAUCUGCUGGUGGAACUGGAAUGAAACACAUUUCUUUCACGUCUUCAUCCAGGUCAAUGAACUCUUUAUGUCUAUCUAUCGGGAAUAUAAAACGAAGGCAAUAUUAUGUGGAAAUCUGAAAGACAGAUGUUUCCAGGCAGCAGAUUUUGCAGUUGUAUUUAUUGCAUAAAUGGAAGAUGACCCAUGCAGCUAUCAAAACUGACAACAGAUCUCAGAUUUUUACUUGUAUACAUAGAUACUUGUACAUAAGAUUUGUAACUGUCUUCUGAUUUUCAAUAUCCAAUAAAUUUCAAUAAAAAAAAUCAGUAUUUCUU